AUGGCAAACAAACUCUCUCUCUUCUUCUUUUUCUUUGUAAUGACAUGUCUUUCUCUUGUCUGCUCUCUCCGUCAACGUUCUUCUCACCUGUGUGAUCGUAAAACCCUACCGGACCCACGAAUCCUCCGAGCAGAUCAAAUGACGGUCCUGAUGAACGGCUACUCCGAGUCCCGCAUCCCCCUCCUCCGCUCGAUCGCCGCCACGUACUCCGCAAUCCCAUCAGUCUCAUCCGUGGUGGUCCUAUGGGGAAACCCCUCCACUCCAGCCCAAACCCUAAUCCAACUCUCCUACAACCUCUCCAUCUCAUCCUCCUCCGCUCCCAUCUCCGUCGUCCGCCACUCCACCGACAGUCUCAACGCCCGCUUCCUCCCGCGGCCGUCGGUCACCACACGCGCCGUCGCAAUCUGCGACGACGACGUGGAAAUCGACCCCAAAUCUGUGGAAUUCGCAUUCAGAGUCUGGACUUCCAACCAACACCGCCUAGUAGGGUUCUUCGCGAGGUCACACGACAUCGAUCUCACCGAAAGGACAUGGAUUUACACUGUUCAUCACGACAAGUACUCGAUUCUGCUGACCAAGUUCAUGAUCUUGAAAACCGAGUACUUGUACAAGUAUAGCUGCGAAGGAGGUAAAGCGAUGAUGGAAAUGAGAGAGAGGGUGAAUCGGAUGCGGAAUUGUGAGGACAUUCUGAUGAACUUCAUGGUGUCGGAGGAGGGAAAUGAAGGGCCGAUUUUGGUGGGGGCGGAAAGGGCGAGGGAUUGGGGGGAUGGGAGGAAUGGAGAGGGAGAGGGAGAGGGAGAGGGAGAGGGGAGGGAAAUGGAGGGAGAGGAAAGGAAGAGAGUGAGGGAAGUGGGAUUGAGUAGUAGGAGAGGAGGGCAUAGGAGGAGGAGAGGGGAGUGUAUAAGGGAGUUCCAUAGGAUAUUGGGGAGGAUGCCUCUGAGGUAUGGGUAUGGGAAGGUAGUUAAUUCAGUUGGGGAACAAGGGUUGUGUGAAAAAGGUGGCAAGUUGGUGUUUUGUGAUCAACAGGUUGCCAAAUGACCCUCCCUCCCUCCCUCUUAAUAUGAAUUACCUAGUUGUUGUAGUUUUGUGUAUUAUUAAUGGAUGGAGUAAUGUUACAAAAACUGAAAAUCCAUAUCUAUUUGUCACUUUUUAUUUGGUUUAGUUUUUUUUAGAAAAAGUAUUUUUAAAUUUAUUGGUUAUAUUAUCAAAUUUAAAUUGUAUGGAA